AAUUUCCUUUAGACAUUCUUUCCUUCUCCGAGUCUGGUAACUCGCUCGAUAAUACACUCCUUCUUUUCACUCUUUGACUUGUAAUCCUUCCAAGCGUCUUCCACACUCGUUCCCAAAGCAGAACCAUCUUUCAAACAAAAUGAAGACUACAUCUAUCUUCAGCACGCUCCUCCUGAGCACCCUCGCCCUCGCGGUGCCUCUGAACACUCGUGAUUGCCAAGCUCAAAACCUCCAGACAUUUACCGGCGCCCUUGGUGGCAUCGCGGCUACUCCUGUCGAGAACUCUGGGAACGCAGAUCGCCCAUUCAGUGUCAAAGGGGACACCUUUGUCAAUCUUUCGGCUGCGCUUCAGAGGAGCUGCGACCAGCAAUUCAAUGCAUGUGCAAAUGCUGCGAAUGCAGGCACAGGGAAUUUCUCGGUCGCAGAUUGUAGCGCGCAGCAGACUGCGUGCGGCGCCGCCAACUAGCUGCUAUUCUUGACUCGCAGAAUCGGAAUGCCUGCAGGAAAUUCAUGUGCUUUACCAGAGAGCAGAAUGAAUGCUGGAGGCUGGUCACCAUGAACGUCGGAGCCUAUCAGACUAUCUAGAUACGAAUGGCGCCUUGGUAUGGGAAAAUAC